UCCUUUCCUAACUUUCCCUCUCCCACUCCCACUAUCUCUCACAUCUGGAGGGUAGCUGGAGUGGCUGUGUGACUCUUCAAAUGCUAUGGGACUGCGUGUGUUUGGACUGGACGUCAGACUUCAGAGCCUUUCAGCAGACACCGAUCACAAGGGUCCUUACAAUUGGUGAGACGUGACGCUCUACACCCAGAAGAGAGAGAAGAAAAAGACAGCUUUCUAUUGUUGUCGUUCUGCAGUGAACAUGGCCUUUCCCAAGCAUUCCAUCCUGCUCGCCCUCAGUGUGCUGCUCUUGGCUGCGCUGUUGGUGCGUUGCCAGGCCCCUCUCGAUCCAGAGGAGGAAGAGGAGGAAGAGACUACCAUCACAACGGCGGUGACGAAAUCUGAGCCACUUGACUGUCCGGCAGACUGCAGCUGUACGGCAGAGGGGGCAGUGGACUGUGCCGGAGUCGACCUCACAGAGUUUCCCCCCGAGCUGUCUGAGAAGACCCGCCAGCUCUCUCUGCAGAACAACAAAAUCGAGGAGAUAACAGUGGAGCAUAUUUCUCAUCUGCAUCAGCUUGAGACCCUCAACCUUCAAAACAACUGGCUCACCACAGACGGCAUUGAGGAUGAAGGCUUUGAGAUGCUGGAACAGCUGGCUUAUUUAUACUUGGCAAACAACAAGCUCACCUCGGCACCAAUGGUCUUACCACCCUCUUUGGUCAGCGCUGACUUUGCUGCUAAUCAACUUACAAAGAUUUACCCAUAUACAUUUGGCCAUAAACCAAAACUAAGGUCAGUGUACCUCCAUAACAACAAGCUGACUGAUGCAGGCCUUCCUGAACAUAUGUUUAACGCUUCAGACAACCUGGAGAUCCUCACCAUGUCAAGCAACUUCCUGCGGGUCGUCCCAAGGAACCUGCCCCCCUCCCUGUACCGUCUUCAUCUGAAGAGCAACAAACUGGAGAAAAUCCCAGCUGGAGCUUUUGAUGACUUGCCAAACCUCAGAGAGCUGUAUCUUCAGAACAACCUCCUCAGCAACGAGGGCAUGGACAACGAGACUUUCAGCCAGCUGAGCAGUCUGGAGUGUCUUGACUUGUCAAAUAACAACCUGAGCGUUGUCCCUAAGGGCCUGCCUCGCAAUCUAGUGCUGCUGCACUUGGAGAAGAACUCCAUCCGCAGCAUCCCUGGAGAUGCUCUUACUUCUGUUCGAAACCUCGAGUACCUGCUUCUCCACAAUAACAAACUCCGCUCACGUUCAAUCCAUCCAGCUGCCUUCCAGGGCUUAAAGAAGCUUCACACUCUCCACAUGUACAACAAUUUGCUGGAGCGGGUUCCCAGGGGUUUGCCCCGGAGGGCGAAGACCCUUAUGCUACUCCACAACUCCAUCUCUGAAAUUGGCCGCAACGAUCUGGCCCUACUGUACACUCUGACCGAGCUCAACCUCAGCUACAACAAGCUGACCAGCUCCAGGCUGCACCGAGACGCUUUCAGGAAGCUGAGAAUGCUGGAAACUCUUGACCUGUCAGGAAACAGCCUCUACUCGCUGCCUAUGGGACUUCCUCGCAGCUUGCAGGUGCUCGAAAUCAAGAACAAUCAGCUGAGCUCCAUUCCAGAUGGAGCGCUGACCGGCAUGGAGAAGCUGAAAAAAUUCAUCCUGAGUGACAACCAGCUUAAACUGAACUCCGUCUACCAGGGAGCCUGGAUGGAGCUCAGUGCACUUAAAACACUGGACCUGUCUGGCAACUUGCUGACACACAUCCCCUCUGAUCUGCCGGAGUCUCUGGAGUACCUUUACCUGCAGAGUAACCGCAUCGCCACCAUUCCUGAGACAGCAUUCGAAGGCACUCCAAACAUUAAAGGCAUCUUCCUUCGGUUUAACCGCCUGUCUGUGGACACUGUCGACGAGAGCUCUUUCGCACACCUCACCAAUUUACAAGUGUUGGACAUCGGCACAGGAAACAGCAACCUCUCGUUUAAAAAAGAUGAGAUGGAGGAAAUGGAGGAGGAGGAAACAUAAAUGCUUCUCAAUUAAAAUGACAUUGGACUGCAUUACGUCAUGGACAGGAAGGGUUAUAAAAGGAGGUGAACCUGUGAAUGUCAUUUCCCAGGUAUAUUAAUGUAUUGUGUUGAGAGGUACAUAUUUCUGGUGCAGGAUACCGGAGGAGUAUUUUCCAUUUUUGGGCUGGUUUAUGUUACAUAUCUUGAUAUCUAAACUAAUAGUUUAACUGGUGUAAAGCAACAGUUUUUUUCUAAAGAGUACCGAGGGAUGAGUCCUAAAACUUGGAAAUGAAUGAGUAUUCAAGUCCUCCAGGUUCAUGUAAAGUGUUUGGAUUUUUAAAAUUCUGUUGACAGCAUGCACUCAGCUCUGCAGGAUAUUAUCAGUCUUCCUCACACAAAAGACAUUGAGUCUGUCUUGUCCUGAUUCUGCCACUGGAUCAGUCCUUUUCUGUCCCAUGUGGUCCAGUGCAUCCUCAUUCAUUCCCCCCUGUGUCUGUGCUGGUGUAGGCUGGUGGUGAUCUGGGGCAGCGGCAGGUUGUUCACCGCUGCUUGGAUUAAUUAUCGCCGCAUGUAGCAGCACCUGGCUCCUCUUAAAUGCUAGAUUUUUCCAGAGGGGUCUGGCUGCAGACCUUCCAUCUCAGACAGAACUCUGGCAGACAGCUUAUGAGGGAUGCCGCAUAUCUCAGAACGCAUUUGUCUGUUGUAAAAUGAUAGGUCGGCCUUUAAAACAGAUUAAGAUGUUACAAAGUAAAGUGGCUUGCUGUGUUAGGUUACAUUGUGACUAACUUCCUGUCUUGUAUGUAUGCAACCAAUGAUUCAGAUCAAAAUAGCCUUUUGCAAUGCAAACAGGCAUACAUGCUUAUUUACAAUACAAGAACUUUAUUUAUCCCCGAAGGGAAAUUCAAUCGUCUGGGAUUCUCGUCUGUUUACUGUAGAAUUAUAAAGUCUAAUAGCUGAUGGUAUGAAAGUUCUUCUAAAUCUUUCCGUCCUGCAGUGCAGGGAUAGGAGCCGUCCACCACCGUUAUUUCUUUGCUCACUGAGGGAGAUAUGAAGUGGAUGAUCCAUGUUUUCUCAGAAUGGCCUCCACCUUGCUCAGUGCGCGUCUCUCCACCUCAUC